UGACAGUGAGACUGAAAGUAUGCUAUAAGUUAUUUCAGACUCGUCAGCGGAAAGUCGACAGAGUAAAAGGAGGAAAACAGGACAUGUAAGACAGAACAUCAUCACAAAAUGAGACAGCCGCUUUACAAUGACGGACUUAAAAUAAGACGGGAAUACGUGGAAGAGCCAAGAUGACAAAGAGUGACCUUCUCAGCAUUCUGGAUGAUUUGAUAGACAAUGAAUUUAAGGACUUCAAGUGGCACCUGAAGCAAGAAAAGGUGGACGACAUCCCACCCAUCAAAGAGAGUAAGCUGUCGGAGGCAGAGAGGCGGGACGUGGUGGAUCUGAUGGUGCAGAAAUAUGAAUUUGCUGGAGCUGUGGAAGUGUUCAAGAGCAUUUUAAAGAGGAUCAACAGGAAUGAUCUGGUGACGGAGUUGUCAAACAUCAGCUCAGGAGCAGAAGGUCAGUCACAGGAAGAGACAAACAUCACAUCACAUCCAGUCAGCAGAUCUGUGAAGAGAAACAGUCCAGACAAUGUUCUGCAGAAAGUUUUACAUGACCACAAGAUCAGUCUGAGGAGGACAUGUCAACAUGUGACUGAAGGACCUGAUGAAUCAAGAGGUGAAACCCUCCUCAACAGUAUCUACACUGAGCUCUACAUCACAGAGGGAAAGAGUGAAGAUGUUAACACCCAACAUGAGGUGAUACAGCUUGAGACAGCUUCCAAGAUGAAGACUCUCCAUGACACUCCAAUCAAAUGCCAAGACAUCUUUAAAGCCUUACCCAACCAACAGAAACGCAUCAUCAAAGUUGUUCUGACGAAUGGUAUCGCUGGCAUUGGAAAAACCUUCUCAGUGCGGAAGUUCACUCUGGACUGGGCAGAGGGCACGGAAAACCAAGAUGUCAGUCUGGUGAUUCUGCUUUCAUUCAGGGAGCUGAACUUGAUCGAACAUGAGCAGUACAGUCUCCUCAUGCUGAUCCAUGAUUUCCAUCCAACAUUACAGAAGGUCACAGCAGAGAAGCUCGAUGACUGUAAAGUUUUGUUUAUCUUUGACGGGCUGGAUGAAAGCAGACUUUCAUUAAAUUUCAAUAACAAGAAGGUUGUGUCUGAUGUCACACAAAAGUCAUCAGUCAGUGUCCUGUUGACAAACCUCAUUGAGGGGAAGCUGCUUCCCUCAGCUCUUGUCUGGAUAACGUCCCGACCUGCAGCAUCCCAUCAGAUCCCGCGUACAUGUGUUGAUAGGAUAACAGAGGUACGAGGCUUCACUGACUCCCAGAAGGAGGAGUACUUCAAGAGGAGAUUUAGUGAUGAAGAGCUGUCCAGCAGAAUCAUCAAACACAUCAAGACAACCAGGAACCUCCACAUCAUGUGUCACAUGCCAGUCUUCUGCUGGAUCACUUCUGCAGUUCUAGAGCAUAUGUUGACUACAGACCAGAGAGGAGAACUGCCCAAGACCUUGACUGACAUGUAUUCACACUUCCUGCUGGUUCAGACACAGAAGAAGAAGCACAAGUAUGAUGAAGGACAUGAGACGAGUCCAGAGGAGCUGACGGAGGUUGACAUGGAAUUUCUUCUGAAGCUGGGGAGGCUGGCAUUUGAACAUCUGAAAAAAGAAAACAUCAUGUUCUACCAAAAAGACCUGGAGCAGUGUGAUCUUGAUGUCACAGAAGCCUCAGUGUUGUCAGGAGUUUGUACAAAGAUCUUCAAAAAAGAAUAUGGGAUCUACAAGAAACCAGUCUACUGUUUUGUUCAUUUGAGCGUUCAGGAGUUUCUGGCUGCAGUCUACAUGUACCACUGUUACACCAGCAGGAACACAGAGGUACUGAAGUACUUCUUGAAAGAUGAUGAUGGUGACAGACAUGAUAACCAUUACCCAUCUCUGGAUGACUUCCUGAUGGGAGCUGUGCAGAAAUCUCUCAACAGUAAAAAUGGCCACCUGGACCUGUUUGUUCGCUUCCUCCAUGGCCUCUCUCAGGAGUCCAACCAGAGUCUCUUAGGAGACCUACUGGGUCAGACAGAGAACAGUCCAGAAAUCAUCCAGAGAAUCACAGAAAACCUGAAGAAGAUCAGUACUUAUGAUUAUACCUCUCCUGACAGAAGCAUCAACAUCUUCCACUGUCUGAUGGAGAUGAAUGACCGUUCAGUGCAUCAGGAGAUCGAAGAGUUCCUUAAGUCAGAGAACAGAUCAGAGAAGAAACUCUAUGAUAUCCAUUGCUCAGCUCUGUCCUACAUGCUGCAGAUAUCGGAAAAACUUCUGGAUGACUUUGACUUGAAGAAGUACAAUGCAUCAGAGGAGGGACGACGGAGACUGAUCCCAGCUGUGAGGAACUGCAGAAAGGCUCAACUCUCUGACUGUGGACUCUCAGAGACUCACUGUGAAGUUGUGGCCUCAGCCCUGAAGUCCAACCCCUCCCAUCUGAGAGAGCUAGAUCUGAGUGACAACGAGCUGCAGGAUUCAGCAGUGGAGAUUCUGUGUGCUGGACUGGAGAGUCCAAACUGUAGACUGGAGACUCUAAGAUUGUGUCGCUGCAGUUUGUCAGAGACCAGCUGUGAUUUUCUGGCCUCAGCUCUGGUGUCCAACCCCUCCCAUCUGAGAGAGCUGGAUCUGAGAGAAAAUGAGCUGCAGUAUUCAGAAAUGGACCGGAUGUGUGAUUUCCUGAAGAAUCCACAAUGUAGACUGGAGACUCUGGGAUUGAGGGACUGCAGUUUGUCAGAGAUCAACUGUUCUUCUCUGGUCUCUGCUCUUAAGUCCAACCCCUCCCAUCUGAGACAGCUGAAUCUGAGUCUCAACAACCUGCAGAAUUCAGUAGUGAAGCUGCUGUGUGAUUUUCUGGAGAGUCCACACUGUAGACUGGAGACUCUGAGAUUGUGGUGCUGCAGUUUGUCAGAGAGCAGCUGUGUUUCCCUGGCCUUAGCUCUGAAAUCCAACCCCUCCCAUCUGAGAAAGCUGGAUCUGAGUGACAAUGAGCUUCAGGCUUCAGGAGUAAAACUGCUGUGUGGAUUUCUGGAGAAUCCACACUGUAAACUUGAGACUCUAAUAUUGAUUGGCUGCAGUUUAACAGAGAGCAGCUGUUCAUCUCUGGCCUCUGCUUUGAAGUCCAACCCCUCCCAUCUGAGAAUGCUGGAUGUGGCUCACAAUGAGCUGAAGGAUUCAGGACUGAAGCUGCUGUGUGAUUUCCUUGAGAGUCCACACUGUAGACUGGAGACUCUUGGAGUGAGGAACUGCAGAAUGUCAGAGAUCAGCUGUGGUUCUCUGGCCUCAGCUCUGAUGUCCAACCCCUCCCAUCUGAGAAAGCUGGAUCUGUGUUGGAACAAUCUGCAGGAUUCCGGAGUGAAGCAGCUGUGUGAUUUCCUGGAGAGACCACACUGUAGACUGGAGCUUCUUGGAUUGUGGCGCUGCAGUUUGUCAGAGAUCAGCUGUGCUUCUCUGGUCUCAGCUCUGAUGUCCAACCCCUCCCAUCUGAGAGAGCUGGAUCUGCAUGACAACAAUCUUCAGGAUUCAGAUGUGAAGCUGCUGUGGGAUCUUAAAGAGAGUCCACAAUAUAGACUGGAAACUCUAAGCUGGAGUUGAUUAUCUCUGUAAGAGUGUGAGUGAACAUCCAGGAGUGUAUGUUGAGUGAGGAUCAGCUGUAUCCUGAUGAUCCAUCUGGACCGGAGUCUGGAUCUGGAUUUUUUCAUCUUCACUUAAAUCUCUUAACUGACUGCAAACUGAACAGUUAUAUCUAGAUUUUGUUGAAGUCAGCAUUUUACAGAUUUGUUAUACAUGAGCUUUUUGAUGCAGAUAAGAUAAAAAAAAAACAGGUGUUAUAAGUCAGACUCUGACCCUGGGCCCAUAUUUAUCAAGCGUCUCAGAGGAUUGAGAGAGAUUUAACUGAGAUUUAACCAAAGACUAAAACUAAUUUAUGAAGCAGAAGAGAAUUUACUCUGACUGUCAGCAGGAGAAGGAUUACUCUUGGGAGAGGGGGAGACAUUGCUGUUUUACCAGAGUCAGAGCAGCAAAGUAGAAAUAAUGAUGAGGUGUUGUAAUUUUCUCACAGUCUCAGCUAGAAAUAUUAAACAGUGUUAAUUGGUACAUUUUUUGCAUAGGCAACUAUGAUGCCAGAAUUCAGAUGAUCAUUGUACAUACACAUGUUGCAAACCCUCUCCAUGAAGAACACGUCUUUCACUGUCCAGUUCCUCUUUCAGCUUCUCCCCAAGUUAACUGUUGUUCUCGACAUGAAGAUAAGUACACCUUAACAAUAGAAACAUAUAUUUUUCAGGUGCAUCUUCUUCUCUCUAAUAUCAGACUUUGUUGUUAUUUGAAGUAGCCUAAAUAAAAAAUAACCCUAUAAAAUAUUUGAGCUGCUGUUUUGAAGUUGAGAUAUCCUUCAUUAUGGAGCUGUUAUGAUUAUUUUCAAAUAAAAGUUUUAGUGGGCUGUAACUGAGGACCCUGAUCAUGCUCAUUAUCUUUGCAAUGGGCAUUAAGCCAGAUCGAAGUUUGAUUCAUGACUUCCAUCAUUGUCGGAUCGUCACUGUUGCACAGCUGCAUUUUCCCUGUUACGAUAAAGUGUAGCAUUGUGAGGACAUUCUGCUCCUAAAUAUUGGCAGAGAUAGGAUCUCUCUUGGUAAUCAUUUACCAAGUUUGGAAAGUUGAUAAAAGGAUUUUCCUCCCAGAAGUAGGACCAGAGAUGCAUCACUCCAAUCAUUUUUGGCCAGUUAGGAGUGCCUUCCUGCCCUGAGAUGCUUGAUAAAUGUGGGCCCAGAUGUUACAGAUUUGCUGUCCACAAAUUUCAUCAGGUUAAAUUCUGAAAUAAUUUAUCAUUGGUUCAGAAAACGUGUAUGUAGAGGUCAUAUUAUAUCUUGGUUCUAUUGAUAACAACAUCAAGCCUGUGAUGAAAAACUUUGUAUUUUUCUUUUUCUUCAUGGAUCCAAAUUACAUUUCAGAGUUGCUCUGUGUUUAAAUAUUAAAGGUAUCUAGCUUUAAUAUGCAGGUAAGCCAACCAGGUAGCUUUAACAAUAACUAUAUAAUUUAAACUUGUAGGUGAGAUCAUGUGAUUCAGCUCUGUGAUCCAGCCAUAUCCAAUCACAUCCUUUUCAUCUUUUUUUCUACAUUAGUGUAGCAUCAUGCAUGUAUUGUACAACACUGCACACAGCAAUAAUUAUACAAACAGACUGUGAGCACAACUUCAUUAAAGACAUGAAAUUUAUUUUCUCCACUGUCCAACUCAUAUCUCCUCCAUCAGCAAGUUUAAAACUAAUGACUAAUGACUAAACCAAUGAAUCAUUAAAUAAAUAAAACUAUGAUUUGCAUGAAU